CUUCUCACAUUUGCCUCCCCUUACUGGAAACCGCGCAGAAACAGUUUGAGAGAAAACGUUGUUUGCGACGAUGGCAUUUAAGCUGUUCCUGUUCUUUGCUCUUCUUAUGGACAUCACAGGGUGCAGUGCUGAGAUCUGUGUGUUUGUGCAGACAGGAGCUUCAGUUCAACUUGAUAUACAGACACAAGAACUACCAGAGUUUUAUGUUUUAUUCUGGAGCAAUUAUAAAUUAGAGAAUAUAGUUACAUAUAUGAAUAAAGAAGUAAUACCUCACCUUCUCUACAAGGACAGAGUGGAUUUCAAUACAACAACCUUUUCUCUGACACUGAAGAACAUGCAGAAGACAGACAGUGGACUCUACAGAGCAAAAACUAAUGGACAAUCAGAAAAAAAUAUUGUUACAUACAGAGUAUCUGUUUUAGAUGAAGUGGAAGAUCCAGUCCUGGCUGUAAACUCAAGCUGGUCCAGUCCUGAUCCCUGUUGCUUUACAUGUAAAGGAAGUAACAUGUUCAUCAGCUCUAUCUCUAAUGGUAGCAGCUGUUCAAAAGAGGAAGUGGCAUCAGCUGAUAAUCACACUCUCAGACUGAGCUGCAGUGGUGAAUCCAUCAUGUGUCACUACAGCAACCCAGUGAGCUUGAAGUCUCAAGUAAAGAAGGUUAAUGAACUCUGCACAUUUGAGAAAGAAGUGUCAGGGUUUCCAGCUUGGAUCAUUGUUUCUAUUUGUCUGUUCACAUUGACAUUGGCGGCAGGAUCCAGCUUUUGGAUUUACAAAGAAAAAAAAGGCACCCGGAAGAAUGAACAAACAGUCUAUGCAAAAGUUAACUCAAACCAGCAGUUUGACAUUAAGAUAGGAUCGUGUCCACAGGAGAACAUCAAGCCACAAAAGUCACUGGAGAUGUUGGAGAAAUCAGAGAUUCCUCAUACAGAGUUUGAUACUGCAAGAGAUUUAGGACAAAGUGAAGAUACCAAUCACACCACACCCAACGACCACCCUAUGAAUCAGAGUGCAUCAUUCACAGAGAAGAGCAAGCUAAAUACACCUGGCACCAUCUACUGUCUCAUUCAGCAGCAACCAAAAUCCACCAAGACUGAAAAUGAUCACACCAUUUAUGCUUCAGUCAAUAAAGUGUCAGCCGGAUAUGAAUCUGCACAUCCACAAUCAUAACAAAGAUCACACAGAAUCCUGCAAGAAAAUGACUCCUCACGAGUGUAAUGUUUUACUAAAUAACAAUAUUUCCACUAGUUUUUGUCUAACAUAUCAUACAUUUUACCAGGAGUGGGACAAAAAAGUGUCAUGUUAGAAAAAGUUAUCGGUUGAUUGUAAUGAGGAAUCAACAAUGUCGAAAUAAGUAAAGGAAAAAAAUAUAUUUUAAAACAGGCCAAACAAUAAGGGCUGUCGACAUGUCAUUGUCAUGUUUUAUGAAGGCUUUGCAUAAACAAUCAUAAUUCCAUUCAA